AUGUCUAAGGGAUCGCAAAUGUUUGUCACUAUUCUCUUGUUCUCAGAUUCUCUUGUUCUCUUGUCCUCAAUUCUCUUGUUCUCAGAUUCUCUUGUUCUCUUGUCCUCAGUUCGGGGAGGCCAGCGGGUGAUCAGGGGAGGUCAGCGGGUGGUCAGGGGAGGUCAGCGGGUGGUCAGGGGAGGCCAGCGGGUGGUCAGGGGAGGCCAGCGGGUGGUCAGGGGAGGCCAGCGGGUGAUCAGGGGGAGGUCAGCGGGUGGUCAGGGGAAGUCAGCGGGUGGUCAGGGGAGGUCAGCGGGUGAUCAGGGGAGGUCAGCGGGUGAUCAGGGGGGAGGCCAGCGGGUGAUCAGGGGAGGUCAGCGGGUGGUCAGGGGAGGCCAGCGGGUGAUCAGGGGAGGUCAGCGGGUGGUCAGGGGGAGGCCAGCGGGUGGUCAGGGGAGGUCAGCGGGUGAUCAGGGGAGGUCAGCGGGUGAUCAGGGGAGGCCAGCGGGUGGUCAGGGGGAGGCCAGCGGGUGGUCAGCGGGAUGCCAGCGGGUGGUCAGGGGAGGCCAGCGGGUGGUCAGGGGAGGCCAGCGGGUGGUCAGGGGAGGCCAGCGGGUGGUCAGGGGAGGUCAGCGGGUGAUCAGGGGAGGCCAGCGGGUGGUCAGCCAGCGGGUGGUCAGGGGGAGGCCAGCGGGUGGUCAGGGGAGGCCAGCGGGUGGUCAGGGGAGGCCAGCGGGUGGUCAGGGGGAGGCCAGCGGGUGGUCAGGGGGAGGCCAGCGGGUGGUCAGGGGGAGGUCAGCGGGUGAUCAGGGGGAGGCCAGCGGGUGGUCAGAGGGAGGCCAGCGGGUGGUCAGGGGGAGGCCAGUGGGUGGUCAGAGGGAGGUCAGCGGGUGGUCAGGGGGAGGCCAGCGGGUGGUCAGAGGGAGGCCAGCGGGUGGUCAGGGGGAGGCCAGCGGGUGGUCAGAGGGAGGCCAGCGGGUGGUCAGAGAGAGGCCAGCGGGUGGUCAGAGAGAGGCCAGCGGGUGGUCAGAGAGAGGCCAGCGGGUGGUCAGAGGGAGGCCAGCGGGUGGUCAGAGGCCAGCGGGUGGUCAGAGAGAGGCCAGCGGGUGGUCAGAGAGAGGCCAGCGGGUGGUCAGAGAGAGGCCAGCGGGUGGUCAGGGAGAGGCCAGCGGGUGGUCAGGGGGAGGUCAGCGGGUGGUCAGAGGGAGGCCAGCGGGUGGUCAGGGGGAGGCCAGCGGGUGGUCAGGGGAGGCCAGCGGGUGGUCAGGGGAGGUCAGCGGGUGA